CCUCCUCAAAAAACUCUCUCGGCAGAUUUAGGCUUGUGGCAGAAGAAACCUCUUAUCUUCAGCUAUACCAAGACGAAUACCAAAGAAAAGCUCUUGUCUUCACCUAUUGUUGUUUCCUUCCAUCUGCAUAGAGAUUUUAAUCGAGCAUUUAUGCAAAACUAUUGCGUGCAUGAGCUUGGACUUCACUGGUUUCACGAGAAAGUACAGUGAUUGUGUUACAUUCUAACUUUUUUUUUUUUCUUAUUACCGUCUCAACUUGCACACAACAACUCGUGACUUAACGCUGAAAUGUUUUUUCAAAUGCGACCUCCCCAAUCGAUGUUUCAUUUCGCAAUUCAUAAGCUUUCCCGUAAGUUUGAUUAUUCUGAACCUAUAUGUUGCACAUACGUAUUUCUUGUUAUUAUCAGAAAUAGGGAGCCAGGGAGAGAGGGCGUCUCACGGUCCUAGAAAUUGGAUCCCGAAGUUUGUACGUUUCUGCUCCAACGAAGAUGGCAAUGCCCACCACUCGAACGGCUUUGACAGUCGCCGGAAGCCGCUCGACCGUCCCCAGAAGGACGGCUGCGAAGGAGGUGGCAGUGAUUGGGGCUGGAGCUGCUGGCCUGGUGGCUGCUAGGGAGAUGAGGAGGGAGGGCCACCGUGUGGUGGUCUUCGAGCUGGGGGACAGUGUCGGCGGCACCUGGGUCUACACGCCGGAGGUCGAGUCCGAUGACCUUCUGGGGGUCGAUCCCAAACGCAUGGUAGUUCAAACCAGCCUCUACCGUUCUCUCCGAACCAACCUACCCAGGGAGGUCAUGGGGUUCUUCGACUACCCAUUCAAGGAGGUGCCUGGCCGGGACGGUCGGCGGUUUCCCGGCCACGAGGAGGUACUCGCCUACCUCUCCGACUUUGCUAGGGACUUCAAUCUCUUGAAGUGUAUCCGAUUCAAGACCGAUGUCUUUCACGUGAGCAGGGUGCCCGACGGAAAGUGGCUGGUCCAAUCACGGAAGGUCUUCGACGAUGAUGUGUCUCUUGAUACGAAUGAGCUAUUCGAUGGCGUCCUUGUCUGCAACGGCCAUUACACGGAACCCCGGAUUGCAGACAUCCCUGGUGUUGACAGGUGGCCUGGGAAACAAAUUCACAGUCACAACUAUCGUGUUCCCGAAUCAUUCCAAGGUAAGGUUGUGGUUCUUAUAGGCAGCGCAGCCAGUGCUACUGAUAUUUCUAGAGAUAUUGCUCCCGUGGCCAAGGAAGUCCAUGUUUCUUCAAGGUCUGCAUCUGAUGAAACAACAAAGAGUCAAACAGGCUAUAAUAAUAUGUGGCUCCAUCCUAUGAUUCAAGGCACCCUUGAAGAUGGCACGGUGAUCUUCAAUGAUGGAACUUCAGUAAUUGCAGAUGUCAUUCUGCACUGUACAGGCUAUAAAUAUUAUUUCCCAUUUCUGGACACAAAUGUUAUUGUGACAGUGGAUGACAACCGAGUAGGACCGCUUUAUAAGCACAUCUUCCCACCAUCAUUAGCACCGUCUCUUUCUUUUAUUGGGAUACCCUGGAAGGUUGUUCCUUUUCCAUUGUUUGAACUACAAAGCAAAUGGGUGGCGGGCAUUCUCUCAGGAAGGAUUGCACUGCCAACUGAACAAGAGAUGAUGGAUGACGUGGAAGCCUUUUAUACCCAGCUAAAAGCUACUGGCUAUCCUAAAAGAUACACGCAUAACAUGGAUGGUUACCAGUUUGAGUAUGAUGAUUGGCUUGCAACACAAUGUGGAUAUCCGAAGGUGGAGAAUUGGAGAAGGAAGAUGUAUGCUGAGGUUUCCAAGAGGAGGCGGGCACAGCCUGAAACUUAUCGUGAUGAAUGGGAUGACCAUGAUUUGGUUUUGCAAGCCCAGGAACACUUCCUUUCACUUAAGACGUUGAAAAUAUGACGGUAUCUUUCAUGUACUCUUUUCCAUGUAGCACUUGUGAGAACAUUGUUUCGCUGAAACUUCUGUAAUAAUUCUGAUAAAGAAUGAAGCAAGCUUUUCAUUCUUAGGAAAUCAUGGUGAACCAUUGAAAUUUCUGGACGAUAAAAUUAGUUUUCUGUUAA